AUGAAGACCGGCUCAUCUGGCGCCUUCGUGAAGUACCUGUUGAGCGGUGCAGUAGUUCUGCGGCUAGGGCUUUUUGUAUUCAGUCUGUGGCAGGACGCGACUCGAUGGCCAGAUGGGCAGCUGCGUUUUACGGAUGUGGACUAUGACGUAUUCACUGAUGCAGCGAAGGCUAUGGCAAUGGGGGCUAACAUCUACGAGACGCGCCCUACAUACCGCUACUCACCUCUCAUCGCCCUCAUUCUUUGCCCUGGAUACUUCAUCUCAAGCGUGUUUCGCCUCUCUGCGCCUUUUUACUCAGUCGCCUAUGCCUUCGGCAAGGUCGUCUUCCUUUCUGCUGACAUCUUCUGCGCUCUCCUUCAACGCAGCAUUAUCCUCACAGAAAACGCUGCAAGUCGAUCUUAA